CCAUCAGGCUGGGAGUCACACAUGCGCGACCAAUGGCUGCGACGUUGGACGGCCAGGGCGUCUUGGUUGCUGCUGCAGGGCCUGGAUGCAUGGCGACGACGCACGGCUCAUGCACCAGCCCCGUCUGAACUCUUCUCGUUGGUGCUGGCGCCGUCCUCAACGGCGGACCCCCAGUCCCCGCAUCCCUUCGGGCGGCUAACGGCAACACGACAGCUCAUGGCUCAUGCCACGGCUCGAGGGGGGACACCGUCCUUCCUCCACUCGCGACACACGGGAGCAAGCGCCGUGCUGGUGGGGUGGUGGCCCUGAAGAGCCUGCCACUGCUGUGUCGCCUGCGUGUGGUGCUGGCUGGCUUGGGCCCCUUGAUCUGCACACCCAUUCAUUUCUUCCACACAUCCAUCACUGCCGCCCAUCCCAUCUCUGCCCACCACCGGCGUUGUUUCAUGGAAGCCUUGAACAAGGCGAUCCCGAUGUUCCAAAGAACACGAAGAGCUAAAGUGGACGAGGAAAAAAAAAGAAGAGAAAGAAAGAAGAAGAUAUAAGAUGACAAGAAGAAGGAAAAUGACAGCGAGAACAAGAAAGAAACCAUGAUGUCAAAAGCAAGGACGAAAAAAAAAAAGUUUCUGCGUCCAAGCUCUGGCAGGCCGUGAAACGAUCAUCAGUCCCCGUGACGUUGGGCGCUAUAGUUCUAGAAGCUGUCCACCUUUUUCAUACAUUCGCCCUUUUCGCCCACUGACAGGAUGGCCAAGAGGAGAACAAAGGAAUGAGGGGGGAAAAAUUCAAGAUGAAAAAGGGGGAUUCGGAUGGCCUGCGUCAGUCACGACCACCCCGCCUGGGCCUCAAGACCCGACUGGCAGUUUUUGAUAUCCCCCAGUCCUAUUGGGUCUGAUGCACCUUCGACCCCUACCCGCUAGCGUCUGGGCCGCAAAGCAGACAAAUGAGCGCAUCAUAUUGUCUCCUACGUGGACAAGAAUGGUCCUGCAGCGCUCGCAUGGCAGCCCAGUCGAACCGGCACCCCUGGCUGGGUUGACGGCUGCGAACUCUGGUUCGCCUGGCACGCUCGGUCGCACGGUAGACGGCUCUCUUUUGGUGGCCUUGUUUCCGCCUUCGUCUCUGGCCUCUGUGCCUCUCCCUGUUCCUGCACUCUGCACUCACUUUGUCGGCCCUCGUCGUUGUUUGGCUGCGCGGUCUGGUGCGGUCCUGACUGGGGCUAUGCGCUGGCCGCCGUGGCCAAUGGCGGCUCAGAAGUGCCACCUGGACAAGGGUGCUUCCCAGCAGCUCCAGACUUGGACCCCCGCCGGUCCCCAUGCUCGUCUGCUCGUCUGCUCAUCCCUCCCCCCCAUGUCGCCUGCACGAUAA